GAGAUCAGCUCGGACAAGAAGAGCAAGCCAGGCACCAACGCCCUUGGCUCGGUCGCUGCUGAUGGUUCCGACUUCUGGUUCAUGGACCUCGUUUGCAAAGGAAAGAAAAUGCGAUUGAGCGAUGACAUAGAUGAAGCUUCCCCACUUGGACUUCGGAAGAGCACUGUAUAUUGGACGUGGAAGCUCGACCCCAUCAAGGUCAUGCUGAACGGCAACCUCGGGCGCGAAGAAGGUCAGGCUACUGCUUGCCGUGACCGCAUGAGAAAGAGAGCAGCCAUGAAGGACGUGGACGAGCUCACCGCCGCCCUGGACGCGUGCGAGCAUGCUCGGAUCAUCGCCUCAGCCCCCGACUACUUUAACAACCUGGACGACGGCAAACUGUUCACCGCCGUCGACAUCAUCACGAAGCGCCUCGGCGACAAGGACUUCCCAUCAGAUGUUCAGAUCAAGUUUCAUGUUCGCAGGUUUGUUCGCAGACGCGACGAGAUCAUUUCGCAUGCUCAGAAGUAUGACAUGAGCCAGAUGCUCCAGAUGAACAGAUUGAUUCAGCCGCCGCGCGAGGCGGACUUGAAAUUCGCAGAGCUGAUGCACUUGGACGGCUCACCGCUGGAGAAGAAGAAGAUGUUUUUCGACAAUGUGUUCGGGAGCGUGGCGCUCCACCACGCGGCGCUGGCCUUCGACCCUGUCAACGAUGAGACCGCGGCCAACGCCAUUCGGACCGUCAAGCUGCUGGAGGAGUGCAGCGCAGUUGAGUUGGAUGAGUUUGCUGAGGACGAGAUGUACGGUGACAAUCUCAUGGACAUGCAGGAGGGCAUCAAAGUGCUCAUGUGUAUAUUGGAUCCCAGCGGGGCGCCCUCGCACGCUGACGGUUUGGACAUUGCCACCAUCCUCUGCGGCGGCUCGCUGGGAAUAGUAUCUUCGAUGUUGUCGGACUUCCUUUCGAAAAAUUCGGCUGCUGCGGCCUCGUGGCAGGAGGCGCAAACAAUUGUGUGCACAGGCAAGCAGUGGUCAGAUACCGUCAAGAAGCUACUCAAUGACAUGGAUGCGGACUCUGGCGAUCUCUGGGCGGUCGUGAAGCAUAUUACAGGCGCCAUCAAGGCUGGCGCGGCUGCGUUCACGGAUGCCCCCCCUGACCAGAAGGAGAAGCUCAAGACUGCCAUCGAGGACACAGCUAAGACCGCGUGCAUUCGCUCCAUCUCUGACGCCGACUGCUUGGACACCGAACUCGUGGAGACGUGCGUGGGCGUGGUGGGCAGCAUCAUCGGGAUCGGCACGGACACGCCAUCAGAUUGGGAGAAGUUGCAGGAGGACAUGCGUGCCGCGAUCGCCCUGAAGAAGCAGACGACCAUGAGUGACAGUUUCCUGGCAGUGUGCAAGCGCAUCGUCGAAGCCGACUUGGACAGGGAUUCGUCGACCACGGGGCUGGACUUCACGACCAACGGGGCCAAGAUCGCCGCGACGGCGUUCAUGAAGCAGCUGGGGGUUCAUGCUGCCACCGCGGCGUUUGCCAAGAUGCUGGGCCCCUCGGCCGCUGGUGCGACCUUCUUGCUGGACAUCCUCGGCGCGGCGGCGGCGGCGACGGCGCACUUCCAGGCGUUCCGCCAGCUCGCGGGUAGUCCGUCGGAGGCUUGGGCGAUCGGGGAGGCGAGGGAGAAGUUGGCAGCGGUGCAGCGCCUCGCCGCCAACAUCCAGGCCGACGCUGCGAAUGAGGCCUUCGCCCAGUCCCAGUUGGUUUCGGCGUCCCUGGUCAAGAAGUUCAUCGACACGUUCACGGCCGCUCUCGCCAGCCACGUGGACGCCGUGGCGCAGGAGAUCGCGCACGCGUCAACUGAGAAGCUGCGCAAGAGCGUGGCGGCCUUUGCCGAUAUGGCAUACGGCGGCGAGGGUGGCCAGCCCUGGACCCGCGACCUGAAGAGUGGCUACACGUUCCAGGACUACCUGACGUGCGCCACGAAGACGCUCUUCAAGUUCGACGGGAGGACCUUCAAGGAGCGGCACGACAAGCUGCUGGAG